CUCUCUAUAUAUAUAUAUGUACAUCUUAUUAUGUAAAUAUGUCCCUCUAUAUAUAUAUGUACAUCUUAUUAUGUAAAUAUGUCUCAAUGUCCCUCUCUAUAUAUACUCCAUAAUAAGAUAUAUUAUGAUGUAAAUAUAUAUUUAGUGAACAAUGUGUCCCCCGGAACAAUAUUGUCCAUUGGUGGGACACAUUUGAGUAUAGAAUUCAAUUGCAUUUAUGUGUAUUGGAUGAAAGUCGCCGUUUCUUUAUUUAGCCCUCCAUUACGUUGGAACAAAUUUUGAGAUAUAUAAAAAACCAAGAGAAUUAUUUCAAAGUGAAAUUGACUUGUAAGAUCAGUCUUCCCAAUUUGGUGAUGUAAAGAAAUAUGUAUAUCCUUAAAUUCUUGUUGACCAAUCAAAAUUGGCAUCACAUUUAUAGUGCUCUGCAAAAAACAAAAAAAAUAGAAAUCCAAAACACAGUCAACAUAAUUCCACCAAUCACUCCACCACACGUGGCUUGAUUAUUUAUGACACCAUAUACACAAGUCAAGCCCCCGCAAUAACCCCGCCAAAUAAUAUAUAACUACACAACAGAAACCGGUACUUUUCUCUCUCCUUCCAAGUUCCAAUUCAAGAACUAGAAGUUAUGAAUAUUAUAUCUAUCUAUCUAUAUAUAUAUAUAUAUAUAUAUAUAGAACUAUAAAGGAAAAGGAAAGAAGAGAGAGAAAAUGGAUAAUUCUCUGUUCUCACGAUCCUCAAAUUAUAAAAAAUCAAUAGUUUUAAUAGUUUCUUCCUAUUUUUGCAACCCAUCUCUAUGAUCACAAUUUGACUCACCCAAGCUUUGCGGACGACCCUCUGUACAGCAAAAUAAUCCUUUUUAGAGAGAGAAACCGAGAUCCCAAUCUUCAUAACACCCAGAAGAAACUAGAGAGAGAAACAGAGAUCUCCAAUCUCAAUCUCUCCAGAACAACACCACCCAUGAAGAAGCCAACCACAAUUGCGACAUCAAAGUCCUCCACGGCGGUCCUUCCUUAUCAAACCCCAAGACUCAGAGACCACUACGUCUUGGGCAAGAAGCUCGGCCAAGGCCAGUUUGGCACCACCUAUCUCUGCAAAGAGAAAUCAACAGGCGCCCAAUACGCCUGCAAAUCGAUCCCCAAACGGAAGCUGUUGUGCCGCGAGGACUACGAUGAUGUCUGGAAAGAGAUUCAGAUAAUGCACCACUUGUCCGAGCACCCAAAUGUGGUGAGAAUCAAAGGGACCUAUGAAGACAAUGUGUUUGUUCAUCUUGUGAUGGAGCUCUGUGCUGGAGGCGAACUGUUUGAUAGAAUUAUCCAGAAGGGUCAUUACACGGAGCGAAAAGCCGCGCAGUUGAUCAAGACCAUUGUUGGGGUUGUGGAGGCUUGUCACUCUCUUGGGGUCAUGCAUAGAGAUCUCAAGCCUGAGAAUUUCUUGUUUGAUACUCCUGAUGAGGAUGCUAAGCUUAAGGCCACCGAUUUCGGGUUGUCAGUGUUCUACAAGCCUGGGCAAUAUCUCUCUGAUGUGGUUGGAAGUCCCUAUUAUGUUGCACCUGAAGUGUUGCAUAAAUUUUAUGGGCCUGAAGUAGAUGUAUGGAGUGCUGGUGUUAUCCUAUACAUAUUAUUAUCUGGGGUUCCACCUUUUUGGGCAGAAACUGACUCAGGCAUCUUCAGACAGAUUUUAGAAGGCAAGUUAGAUUUUGAAUCUGAUCCAUGGCCUCACAUUUCUGAAAGUGGAAAAGAUUUAGUUCAAAAGAUGCUUGACAGGAACCCGAAGAAAAGAAUAACUGCACACGAAGUCCUAUGUCACCCAUGGAUCGUGGACGACAAACUUGCCCCUGACAAACCCCUGGAUCCUGCAGUUUUGUCACGGCUGAAGCAGUUCUCAGCAAUGAACAAACUUAAGAAAAUGGCAUUGCGGGUCAUAGCUGAAAGACUUUCAGAAGAAGAAAUUGGUGGUUUAAAACAGUUGUUCAGGAUGAUUGACACAGACAACAGCGGGACAAUAACAUUUGAUGAACUGAAAGAGGGUUUGAAAAGAGUCGGCUCUCAAGUGAUGGAACCUGAGAUCAAGGCUCUUAUGAGUGCGGCUGAUAUUGACAACAGUGGGACAAUCGACUAUGGUGAAUUUCUUGCUGCUACCUUGCACAUGAAUAAGAUGGAAAGAGAGGAGAAUUUGAUUGCAGCCUUCUCUUUCUUUGACAAGGACGGUAGUGGUUACAUAACCAUUGAUGAGCUUCAACAGGCUUGCAAAGACUUUGGUCUAGGAGAUGUUCAUCUGGAUGAAAUGAUCAGCGAAAUUGAUCAAAAUAAUGAUGGACGUAUAGAUUAUGGAGAAUUUGCAACAAUGAUGAGGAAGGGUGAUGCGUCGGUUGGCAGCAGAACCAUGAGAGGCAAUUUGAACUUUAACUUGGCCGAUGCACUUCAAGGAAACGACAGUUUGGUAAAUCAACUAUUGGCGUCGUCAGGGGAUGCUUCACAGAAGGAAACCAGUGAGGAUGUUUCACAGAAGGAAACCACGGAAACCAGUGAGGAUGUUUCACAGAAGGAAACCAGUGAGGAUGUUUCGCAGAAGGAAUCCACUGGUUAAAUCUUCAAGUACUAGUGACUCUUUGCUUUGGUUCAUUUCACUAGCUAAUAUAUAAUACGCUUUUAUAGAGCUAGAUGGUAUGGUUUUAUAAAUACGAAUUAAUUCCAUAAUUUUUGUUAUACCCUGUUGUUGAUUGUCCUUCAUUGGCCACUCUGUUGGGAGAAACUACAAGUUGCAAAGCAUUUAACCUUUAAGUUAGCAUUUUCUAAACAGGCCUUUCAGUUGCAGCUUGAAGUGCUUUGCUGCAACCUUUGCAAAUCUCCCUCAAAGACGAUGCUGUGAUUCCAAUGUCCCUUCAUGAACACCAAUCCCUUCGUUGCCCCGAGCUCUUCAGCGUGGUUAACUGAUGCCGUGUAACCCAUGUGUUUUUUUCGCACAGCUGCCAUUACCUCUGCUCUGCAAUUCUAAUCUCGUGCAGCAGAUUUAUCGUUGUCUUGUUGAAUGCACUGUUUCUGGUGGAGUGUAUUUUCUGGGUGUUUACAAAUGAUUUGUGUAUAUAAUAACAUGGGAAAGGGAACAAAUUGAGUCAAAGAUAUAUAUACAUGGAAGAGUUCCAUUGCUGAUGACUGUUAUAAAAGAACUUUUGAUUGUGAAGA